AUGGCCGCCCCAAGAGAAUCUAAGAAGAAAACUACCAGAAGAAAGAAGGACCCAAAUGCUCCAAAGAGAGCCUUAUCUGCUUAUAUGUUCUUCGCAAACGAAACUAGAGAUAUCGUAAAAGCUGAAAACCCAGACGUCUCUUUCGGUCAAGUCGGUAGAAUAUUAGGUGAAAAAUGGAAGGCUAUGACUGAUGAAGACAAGCAACCUUUCGACGCUAAAGCUGAAGCUGAUAAGAAAAGAUAUGAAUCUGAAAAAGAAUUAUAUAAUGCUACCCGUGCUUAA